AUGCUGCCCUAUCGACUUGGUCUUAAGUUGAAGUGUGACACCGUGUGCCUCUCCGACCAUGUAAGCGGCGUCGUCACCGUUGAUGUCGACCCUCUGCUGCAAGAAGGGUACGCAUCCCCAGUGGCGGUGCGGGCGCUCGUCCACGGCGUGGAGGGCAGCGGCGACGGCGGCAACGUCAUCGAGCACGUUGCUUUGAUUACCACUCUGGUGGGUGAACAUGGUUCUCAUGAAGCGGCACAAGCUGCAGCAAUGCAACACAGCAUUGCGGAGUUCACCACGCAGGAGGCACGCAACCACCCGCUGUUGGGCGUGGCGGUGAACCCGCACGACGGGGAUGACGAGGGCGGCGCUGCGGGAGAGAGGGGCGGCUACGUUGGGCUCAACUCGACAGCCGCCGCCUCGUUACAGAAGACGACGGCGUCAACGCCGCUGGAGUGGGUACCCGGUGGGCAUUACGAAUACCCUUUUACCCUUCAACUUCCACCGUGGCUACCUCCGUCGUACUGCUACAAGCCGGGUGGCGGGGAGGCGGACGCAAGCAUGCGCUACAUGGUGUGCGCCUUUGUCGCAGAGGCAGCCGGCUGCAUACCUGGCCCUGUCGAUCGUGCUGCUGCUGACAACUCACACAAUGGCCUUACAAGGGUGUUGAUGGAUCCCCAACCUGGCAAUGGGCCACGCACUAACCGCAGCAGCGGCGCGGCAAAAGUGAGGAGUUUGUUAGACGAGGUCGCUAUGCCAAAGAACGCAAAAAGCGACUCUGUAGCUCCGUGCCGACUCUUAGCCGAAUUCCAACUGCCCGCUGAAGCCGGGAAGCUCGCGCGCUGCCUUGAAGCAGGUGACCAAACGAAGGAGCUUGUGGUGCUGUCGGCCUUUCCACAACGUGAAUUUUUGCAAUGCAUGGAGCGCGUUGCCAUUCCCCCGCCCUUUUCGCAGAAGCUGACCUUCCACCUGUACAAGCACAGCCUCGGUCUUACAGGACUGGCUAAGGCACCGUUUACCGACAUCCACGUGCGGAUCACCUACGACUCUAGCGCUGCGGUGGUGCUGUGUGGUCGGCCGCAGUCAAUCGAGCGUGUGCGGAAAGCGCUUGGGAUGAACACCGGACCUGACGGCGGUGUCGGCAACUGCCCUCGCCCUGUCUCCGAUUGCACGGGUGGACGAGAGUCAGUGAAGUUUCUCGGCGUGCCUGCAGGUCUGACAGCGACGGGCGAGGUGGUCUUCCCAGCGGGUGUAGCUGACGUCAUGCCCGCAUCAGGACCACCACCAGCAGCAUCAUCAUCUGCUCAGCUACCUUCCCAGGUGCACGCAGCCGUGGGUGCCCCGAGUGGACAGACGAGUGCCGGCAGGAUUGCAGCGAGACGGAGCGAUCCCACCUCCGCGAGCCAGUCAGCACUCGACGGUGUGCUGCGCCUGCGAGUGAAGGUGCAUGCGGGGUUUGUGAGCAUCAGCAAAGUCCGCGUGGACCUUUUCGAGCGGGUGCGGCGGACUGACAAGUCGGAUUCACAGAAGAGCGUCAGCUACACCCUCGCCUCCUACACCUACAACAAGAAGAUUCACGCCAACGACACGUGCAUGUUUGGGGUGGAGUUACGACUCCCAAAGCAAUUUCGCCGAACCAUGCACGACAGCAACAAGCUGCCCCCACCUGCAGGGAUCACCACUCCUGUCAUCUGCACCACGACGUGGCUGCAACUCACCUUCCCCGACCUCCACGCCGUUCCCGAGCAGCUCCUCAACGAGAAUGUUGUGAUGGUUGCGGAAGACGUUGACUUGACGGACACGGUGCCGUUUUUGCCAAGGUCUUGCGGCAUGAUGCGUUGCAACACAGACACCACAAAAGGCGUGUGA